CCAUGGAUUCCUCGUCUUCUCUAUCCGCCAUGGCGUCCGCGGCGCUGGGAGAGAUUUCCAAGGUAUUUGAGCGCGCCCAGGAGCUGGGUCUUGAUCCGGUGGGGAGAAUGGUGCGUGAGAUUGGCGCCGGGAGGGAUCGCGAUAGGCAAAUCGUGCUCUACGGCGUCGGGCGCGAGGGAUUGAUGCUCAAGGCCCUGGCGAUGCGAUUGUUUCAUCUAGGGCUCAAGGCAAGCUGCGUGGGCGACAUGGGCGCGCCGCGAAUUGGCGCUGGCGACCUCCUCAUCUGCAGCGCGGGGCCAGGCCCCGGGAGCUUCGCGACCGUGGACGGGAUCCUACGUGUCGCGAAUAAGGACGGGGCACGUGUCAUGCUGCUGACAGCGCAGCGGGUGGAUGACAUUGCAGGGGUAGAUUCGCUUGUUGUGCUGCCAGCAAGGACGAUGGCGGACGACGUGACUAGCGGGAGCGGUGACGUGGCGGGCGUCCUUCCAAUGGGUAGCGUGUACGAGGGAGCUCUGUUCGUGCUAUUCGAGCUGGUGGUGCUGGAAUUGCGCGCCAAGCUGGGUGAGAGCGUGGAGAGCAUGCGAGCACGACACACGAAUCUCGAGUAGAGCUUAAUAAUGAUAUGGCUCGGAUUAAGGUUAAUUUGUGAUAUGGUGACAAAAUUUAUAGUUGUAUAUCUAGUAUUUUAUCAAAAUUUUCUUUGUGCCAAUAUUUUAAUAAGUUUGUGCUUA